AUGAGAGCAACUUUAUUUUAGUAGUUAAGAAAAACUAGAGCUGAAUCUGCUAAAGUUGGAGUAAAUCGUAAUAAAUAAAUACUUGAUACUUCUGAACUUGUUGGAAGAUAAAGCUUUUAUAGAAAAAGACGAUUAGAAGACACUAAUAAUUCUGUACUUGAUUAAACAAGUUCAUUUCGAUUUAAUGACAAAGAAAAAUAUGAAUAGGAAAUCAAAUAUCUUAAGAACAAUCUUCAUUCUUUAGAAAGUGAAAAUAUUAAACUAAAAACUAAAAUUCAUCAAUUAGAAGGUAAGCAUCUUCAAUAUUCAAAAUUAGAUAAUUAAUUAAAAUAGGAGAAGAUGUUAUAAGAAUUAGAUCGUAUUGGUCCUGCUAAAACUUAAGUAUUAAGAUCUCUAAAUAAUGCAACUGCUUUAAAUGCAUUAAAAAAGGAAUUAAAUAAUAUGAAAUUGUAAAUCUAAAAAAGAGAUCAAGAACUUGUAAAUAUGAAAAAAAAUUAAAGAUAUACUUAAAUGAAUGAAUUAUAAAUUGAAAGAACUGCAUUUUAAGAAGAGACGGUUAGAUUAAGAUAAUAAAUUGAAUAAUUAUUUUAAGCUAGUUUAUACAAUUUACAAUAGAAUAAUGUAGAAUAAGCAAUUCAAGAAAGAUUAUUUCAAUUAAUAAGUUAAUUAUAAGAACAUGUCAUAUAAAAAAGUGAAUUGUAAAAAAUAAUAGAAAGACUUAAAAAAGAAUGUUUGAAAUAUAGAGUAUUAAUUUUAUCAUUAAUUUUAGUCUUAAUAAAUUGAAUAAGAAUUUAGAAGUAAAAAAGAAAUCAGGAAAUUAAUAGAACAAUUAAAAGAAGAAGCAAAUAAUUAAUAAAAAGAUAAUAGCAAAGAAACUUAAUAAUAAACCAAAUAAGAUGAGUUGCAAUUACUUACAGAUUUGAUGUUUGCAAAAUAAGAAACCUAAACUAAAUAAAAUGAAAUAGAAAAGUUAAAUUAGAUUAUAUUUGAUUUAGAAACUUAAAUUAAAGAUUUAACUGUAAUAUAGAAAUCAGAAACUUAAGAAAUAAUAUAAUAAUCUCAAAGAAUUGAUACAUCAACUAAAUCCAAAAUAACUAAAAUCUAAUUUCCAGUAUUUGCAACUGAAAUUAUAUCAGAAAUACCUUUGCCAGUAAAAAAAUCAAUUGUGAUUUAAGAGUAAAUCUAACAAUAAGUUAAGUAACCUCCAAGAAGAAGAAUAGUACCAGUGAAAUUUGAGGAAAUUAAAAAUAUAGGGGAAACAUUGAAAUAUAGAUUGAUGGCUAUGGAUGUAAGUAUUGCAUAAUUGGAUGAAUAUUUAUUUUAAGGAGACUCUAUGACUUUUGGAGAAUUAAAGAAUAAGUUAAGACUUUAUCCAUUUAAUUUAACAAGUGAAGAAUCUUUAUUAGUAUCUCGUUAUAUUAUGGAAAGUGAGAAUGACGUUUAUGAAUUAAUGGAAACAGCUUCUAAUUUUAUUCCAUAUAUUCGUUCAGUUUUAAGAAGAAUAGUUUCAAAUUAUAAAUUGGAAAUUGUUAAAAAUUAAUUACUACAUUCAGAAAAAUUAAAAGAUGUUUUGACAAGGUUUAAACCAUUUAUUUUAAGUAAUAUCAAAUAACUUUAUGGAAAGGAUUGUAUAAAAGUAAAUAAAUAAUAAUUCAAUGAAGCAUUGAUGUCAUUAAAUAUAGAAUUAAAUACAUUUGAAUUGGAUUAUUUGAUAGUUUAAGGAAUUUUGGAAAGUAAAGGAAUUGAAUCAUUAAAUUAUGAAGAGAUGCUAAAAUAUGAAAUUAAGGAGGUUUAAGAUUAACAACUUUCAUUUUUAUUAACUGAAUUAAACAAUUAAUAAAAUUAAAAAGCUGAGAUGUCAGUUAUUGAAGAAUGUCCAGAAAAACUGUCUGAAUUAGAUUAAUUAGAAUAAGUAGAUAAUAAAUAAAGGUAGAUUAUAAAAGAGUAAUAAAAAAAUGCAGAUGAUCAAUAUGUUACAUUUGAUAAGUAUGUGAGUGAAUAAUUUGACUCAGAUAGUGAAGAAUCAAAAUAGGAAAUAUUAACAUCUGCUUUUAACUUAGAAUAAUGA